UCACUUUCUCAAAAGCUUCUCCCGGCAUCAUCACAACUCGUCGGGUCCCAAGCCGCCCGUGUGCUCGGCACAUUCAAAAUUGAAAUCCUCGCUCGAAAAACGAACCCCUAAAUAAAAUUGUGCGCGAAUCUUUUUAACCCCAAACUUUUUCAAUUCGAUAAAUUCUCUAUUUACUCCCCACUUCCGAAAUCUCUACCCAUCAGGCUCGGGGCUCAUUUCUAUUUGAUCUAAAUCCAAUACAAAUGUGCAAUCCCAACUAGAUGCCAACCUAUUAUUAUCCCAUUUUUAUACUUUUGCUCUUUUUGAGCACCUCAUGGGCCGGCCCCACAGUUCUGAUCACCGGACCAUCGUGGAACAACUUAGCGAAAUUCAAUGUUCUGCUUGAUUUCGUGCCAGAAGAUGUCGUGGAAAACAAUAGCUUCUUCAACUCGAACAUUGUUAUCUUCAACGAGGCUUAUCAAGAUUCCAUGCUGAGUAACUCAAAAGUCUAUGAAAUCGACAGUGUCUCUUUGAAAAACAAUGUUUCUACGGUGGUUUUUGUCAGUGAUUCCGCAAAAGAGCAUGAUGAAAACCUGAAGGCCAUUCUUAGAACUGAAAGAUCAUUGUUCGUAGUGGAAUUCGGCAGAAAUAACCAAAAACCAUGGCAAGAGCUGGCCGAUUGCUGGGCAACAUCAGAAAUUGCGUCCACUACACAAAACAAAGUGUAUUUUUGCAAUAAGAAAAGCCAGGAGAUUCCGUUUGAAAUUUCAACAGAGCUAAUCUUAAUCCAGAAACCCGUCGUUCCAAAAAUAACUUCCUUCUUUUAUGCCAGCGCCACCAAGCACCGAGUUGAUAGGAAAAAGGUGGAAGAGGAGCUGGAGGACGAGAUUCAGGAUAUUGUCGAGGAGUCCAUGAGAACCGUCGAGAGAAGGAAGAAGCAUGACAACGACGACGAUGAUGAUGAUGAAGACGGAAAUGAAUUUGAUAAUAGACAUGACCCAAAGCGAGAUCAUCGCCUCCACUGCAAAUACCGCAAAUCAUGCUAUGAGUCUGGGAAACGAGGGCUCAUAGAGCCAUUCGACAUUUCCUUCGAUCAUAUUUUCCAUUUUUGGAGAGCUCCAGCAACCCAACAGCAUCAUCUUCCAAUAACUGAAGACGCAGAUCAGGAUGGUGUUCCAGACUCUGAAGAUGAUGAUGUCACCCUUGCAGAUCGCAAGUUUGUGUGCAAAUAUCGAACAUCAUGCUACAAGGAUCACAACAUACCGUUGAGUGACAAGCUUCAGGAGCGAGAGAGAAGUUUCAUGAGCGCCAAGCUUCAAGUUCCGCAGGGAAAAAAACGAACGUUGAAGGAUAUCGCAAAGAAGGCUGUCAGCGGGGUAAAGGAGAGGGAGGAGGAGGCGAAGGCUCGUCCCGUCCCGAAAUCCUUGAUAGUGGAAAAGAAACUCCAAGAAAUUGAGAAUCAACUGCAGAAGAAGCUGGACUGCAAGUAUCGCAAGUCGUGCUACGAGACUGGACAGCUUCCAGAAAUCGAAGAAUCGGCUUUCACAAGCUUCUCGAUCCCAUUUCUGUCAAAGGGGUCUGAUAAUGAUGAUGAUGAUGAUGAUGAUGAUGAUGACGAGAAAGAACAGAAACCAUUCGAGGAUAUGAAUGACUUGGAGAAAAAACACCACUGUAAAUAUAGAAAAUCUUGCUACGAAACCGGAGAAAGACCAGAAAUCGAGAGCGAACUAGCUUUCGAGUCAUUCCGGGACAUUCUCGAGAUGCCGGAUAAAGUGGAAACACGGAAGUUGACACUUCAGGAACGGUGCAAGUACAGAAAGUCUUGCUAUAAAACUGGAAUCAUUCCGGAUCUCAGCAGUGAUGACGAACACAUCGAGAAAGUCAUUAAGAAGGAGGUCAGCUCGGUGGUUCCAUCAACCGUUCGCGAUCUUAAGACACUGUGCAAAUAUCGCAAAUCUUGCUAUGAGGAGAUUAGCGAAUCUGCUAGUGUUGAUAUUGUGCAAACCAUCAGGAAAAGACGGAUGAUAGAGAAGGAGGUGAGAAAACGAAGAACAAGACGUCACCGAAGACUUCACAAGCGUCAUGCGAUGAUGAGUCGGUACGGAAUGACAUCAGGCUCGGCGAGUAAGUACGACAAGGUCGAGAAGACGCAGAAGGAGCUUCAAGACAUUGCUGAUGCCCGGGAACAUCGGAAAGAUGCACCAGCACCAAAAUCUGUGAAGCUACACGGAAAGAAGAAGGCGAUGAAAGCUGCAGUGGAAGACGUGAUCGAGCAGAAGAUCGUAGAAGCAGUGGCUCAGCAAGACGUUGAUGAUAAUGAUGAUGAGUCAGAAUCAGAACCAGAACCCGAGAAAAAUAGUAACAAGAAAAACUCAAAAAGGGUGAAGGAACCUGAGCCUGAACCAGAAGAAGAACCAGAGCCUGUAAAAAAGUCGAAAAGAAGCUUGAAAAAAGUGAAGGUGGCUGUUCCUGAUCCAGCGCCCGAGUCUAAAGAUGAAGAAAACGAGGAGUCAGUUUCUGAGCAGGAGCCUGAGUCAGAGUCUGAACCUGAGCCAGCCAAAAAAACUAAAAGAAGCUUGAAGAAAGUGAAGGAGCCGGAGCCAGAGCCAGAAGAAUAUGAACAACCGACCCCAGUACCCGUUCCUGUUCCGGUAAAAAUGGUCAUUAAGAAGCAAGAGGAGCCGGAACCAAAGUCUGAUUUAGAAGAAAAUGACAAUGACGACGAUGAAGGUACUGAGUUUGACAACAAGCACGACCCAAAACGAGACCACCGUCUCCACUGCAAAUAUCGCAAGACUUGUUAUGAAUCUGGCAACCGAGGACUCAUCGAGCCAUACGACUUCUCCAUCUGGCACAUUGUGCACUUCUGGGCCGCGCCACCAUCUCAGACCCACCAUAACUACGGAAAACACAAAGACUCUGAUGGCGACGGGGUUCCAGAUAUUGAGGACAAGGACGCUGCAAUGGCCGAUAGAAAGCUUUCCUGUAAAUAUCGUCCGUCGUGCUAUGAAAAGUACGAUAUUCCGGUUGGAGAAAAGAUCUUGGAGAGGGAGCAGAAGAGAACAGAGGCAUCAGAUUCUGAGGAGAAGGAUGAUGAUGAUGAUGAUAAUGAUGAUGAUGUUGACGAUGAAGUUAGAAAGAUAAACUUGAAGGCCGCCGAUCGCCGUUUGGAAUGCAAAUAUCGAAGAUCUUGUUACGACAGCGGGGUUCUUCCAACCAUCCAGCAGUGGAGUGAAGCUCCAACUCUCACUGAAACUAUUGCCCUUGGCUCGAAAAAUGCAAAAAUGCAAAAGUGCAAAUACAGAAAGUCUUGCUAUGAAGCUGCAGGAAUCACUGACAAGGAUGAUGAUGUAAAGGACAAUGAGGAACGCCAUCUCAAGGAGAAGCUGAAGCCUGUAGAAUCAGAACGCCACCACCACCACCAUUCCAAACACGGGAAGAAGAAGCAUCAGGAGCCCGAGGAUGAGGAGGAUGAUGAUGAAGAGGAGAAAGAGGAGAAGCAGAAGAACAAGGAAGAGAAAAAGGAAGAUGCGAAGAUCCACGAGCAGACUGAUAAGGAGACUAUCGAGCAAGGUGUGAAGGAUAUCUCCUUGUCAGCCGCGGAAAAAAGCUGGUGUAAGUACAGAAAGUCGUGCUAUUCAUCAGUGGAACCGAAGGCUGCAAAGCAAGAUCACUCUGGAACAAUGGCCAGGAGAGAAGGAAGCGGUAAAAAGUGUCACAUCUACUACUUGUCUUGUCGCGAAGCAAUGGGUCUUCCACCAAAGAAGAAGGCACCAAUGGGUCCCAACGGCAAGCGGUUGUGUCGCAAAGUGAAGAAAGACGACUGAUCUCCCUGUUUCCCUGUGCCUUUUUUUUUAGUUUAGUAACACCCGGCUGAGCCAUUUUAUCGGUCAUAUGUCAUUUUCCCGUCAAUUCUUGUAACUAUUCAGACAAUAAUGACGUUUAGACUUUCUUUUUUCUCUGAAAUAAAAUUUUCAAAUGCAAUUC